AUGUUUGAAUAUAAGAAAAGAAGCCUCUCAAAAAACUUUAAAAUAAACCUCAAAUCUCUCCUUCCUUCAAUCCAAGCCCAAUCAGGGAAAUUCACAAGAUCCAUAACCCUUGUCUAUGAAUUUCUCGUAGCUCGAGAGAUCACUAAAUUAUCAAUGGUAUCCAAGCAGUGAUAUUUAGCUUCUCAAGACCAUUUUCUAUGAAAGCGGCAAUGCCAAUAUCUUGCCCCACAGGUGUUGAUUAAUACCUUAGAAGUCGCUUCCAAUCUAAAAAUCACCAAAGAAUGACCAGAAGAAGCCCGAAGGCCAAAAUUCGCAGAAACUGUUAAAUGAAAACUAGUUUGAAUAGAAAUCACAUAUAAAUGUUGCCAUGAAUGCUACAAUUUAUUAAAUAAACUUCACUAUUUACCGAUGCUACAGUUUACUCUAUGCAAGUCUUGUGCGAAAUCACCCAAAUACUCAAUGAUGUCGGAAGAAUCAGCUGAGCUUGAUUAUAGAAUUUCGAGUGAAGAAAUUAAAAGAGCAGGUUUGCCAUUUAUAGAAGUGCCUCAUAGUCACUGGACGGGUAAAGUUGCCAAAAUGUAUUAUGCGAUAGAUUUAAUUAAACUUGCAAAAAUCAAUAAAGAGAUGCCUUUGAUCAAGAGAGAAAAUUGUGAAGAAGUUAGGAGGACUGAAAUUUUAUAUUAUCUGAAAGAGAAAGGCUGUAGGGAUUUUGAUUUUAUUGAGUAUGGGCUGGAAGUUGAAGGAGGGUGGCCUUGAAAUUAUAUUAAAGGAAAAUCCCAAAGAACAGCACAAAAAGUGGUCAGUGAUAUGCUAGGGCAAUAUAGUCAUUGAUUAAAGAAGAUUGAAAAGGAAGGUCAGCCAAAGAAAAGAGUUAAGACUGCUGCACAAGAAGUAAUAGAUCUGGAUUAA